GCACACAGAGGAGCCAUCAUACUUUUUUUUUUUUGAUUCUCCAGAAGACAGGACGGGUGUUGCGGGUGUAUGCGCGCGGAUCACGAUGAUGCAAAGUGCGGUGGUCCUACCGACAGAGAGUCCCGUGAAGAGUUUACCGGAGAUCCUCGGAGUGCCACUGCAACAAAUCCCUCAUUGCGCCGGCUGCAGUCAACACAUCCUGGACAAAUUCAUCCUGAAGGUGCUGGACCGACACUGGCACUCCAAGUGCCUGAAGUGCGCCGACUGCACGGCUCCUCUGCAGGACAAAUGCUUCUCCCGGGCCGGAAGCGUGUACUGCAAGGAGGACUUCUUCAAGAGGUUUGGAACAAAGUGUGCCUCGUGCCAGCAGGGCAUCCCCCCCACUCAGGUGGUGAGGAAGGCGCAGGACUUCGUGUACCACCUGCACUGCUUCGCCUGCAUCAUGUGCUCCAGGCAGCUGGCCACCGGGGACGAGUUCUACCUGAUGGAGGACGGGAGGCUGGUCUGCAAGGUGGACUACGAGACCGCCAAACAGAACGAUGAUUCAGAGGCGGGGACCAAGAGGCCGAGGACCACCAUCACCGCCAAGCAGCUGGAGACCCUGAAAAGUGCCUACAAAAACUCCCCAAAACCUGCCCGUCACGUGCGGGAGCAGCUGUCCUCGGAGACGGGGCUGGACAUGAGGGUGGUGCAGGUGUGGUUCCAGAACCGGCGAGCGAAGGAGAAGCGUCUGAAGAAAGACGCAGGGCGACAUCGCUGGACUCAGUUUUAUAAAAGUGUGAAACGUAACAGAGGGGGAACCAAAGUGGAGAAAGAGAGCUCGGCCGACGACGCAGGGCUGAGCGACAGCGAGCUGAGCUUCAGAGACGACCAGGUGCUCUCGGACCUCGGCCACACCAACGGGCUGUACGGCAGCGUGGGGGACGUGAACAGCGUGGGGGACGUGAACAUCGUGGCGCUGAAUGGAAACGGUUUCUCGGUGGACGCGGCGGGACAACAGUAUCACGAUGACAUCCGGGCGGGAAGUCCCUACGGCCUGCCGCAGUCCCCCUCCUCCAUCACCUCGCUGCCCCUCCACAGCCUGGGCUUCAGCAUGGACAGUCUGGUGGCUCAGGGGGGGGGGGGGCAGGGUCUGAGGGCCAUGGGAGGGGGGCCCAACUCAGACCUGUCCACAGGGAGUAGUACAGGAUACCCCGACUUCCCCACAAGCCCCGCAUCGUGGCUGGACGAGAUGGACCAUUCCCAGUUUUGAAUCUCGGAAAAAAAAACACGGCAGAAACGCUGUGGAAUCACCUGGCGUUUUACAUUUCCUUCUAUCAAGACUGGUUUGUGGAAGAAGUGGAUCUCAACACAUCCCCAAAAUGUUCCCAUGUUGCCCUAACCCUCCUCCGUACCUCGAGAUGGACCAUUCCCAGUUUUGAAUCUGGUAGACAACACGGCAGAAAGGCAGAAACGCUGUGGACUCACCUGGCUUUUCCAGUUCCAUCCCCCCCUCUAUCGACCCCCCAAAGGCUGUGAGGAGGAAGAAGUGGAUCUCAACACUGAAAGUUCAAUCUCCACGGAGGACGAUUAUGGAGGACACGUGGGAACAGAUUUGAGAUUUGACCAACCCAAAAUUCUGACUUUCUCAAACCAUUUUUUAUUUUACAUUUGGUCAAAUCCCAACAGUAUUUCCCUCGUGGCCCGUUUCCUCCUCCGUACCUCGAGACCAUUCCCAGUUUUCAAUCUCGGAAAAAACACGGCAGAAAGAAACGGACUCCAUCUGGCUUUUUACAUUUCCUUCUAUCACUGGUUUGUGAUUGUGGGUGAAGAGGAGGAAGAAGUGGAUCUGAAAGUUCAAUCUCUACAGAAGAGGAUUAGGGAGGACAUGUGGAAACAUAUUAGAGAUUUGACCAGUUCUAAAUCCUGAUCCCAAACGGUUUCUUUUUAACAUUUGGUCACAUCCCUAACAUGUUCUCAUGUGGCCCUUACCCUCUUCCGUACAUCUGAACACUGCUGAAAGUCCAAUCUCUACGGAGGACGAUUAGGGGGGGACAUGUGGAACAUUGUUGAGAUUUGACCAACUAAAAUAAAUUCUGACUAAUCCCAAAAGUCUGACUCUCAGAAACCACAUCUCCCAAAAUGUUCCCACGUGGCUCUUAUCCUCUUCCGUAAAUCGAGAUGGACCAUUCCCAGUUUUGAAUCUCGGAAAAACUCAUUUGGCUUUUUACAUUUCCUUCUAUCACAUUGUUGAGAUCAGACCAAUUCAAAAAAAAUUCGGACUUUUUUACAUUUGGUUACAUCCCAACAAUAUUUCUCAUGUGGCCCUUCUCCCCUUCCGUACAUCUCAACACUGUAUCAUACACUUUUUGUUUUGUUCUGUCACCCUGGGACUGGAUUUGGUUGGAUUAUCUCUCACUUGGUCCCUCAGAAGUACAGACCCCCCCCCAGAUACAACUUUAGGGCUACAAUCCAGAUCAAAGUCCCUACGAGACCCUGCAUGCUUCACGGACUGCUGCCUGUCCGAGCCCUUCUUUCCACAGCGGCGACGCACUUUACUCUCCUCCUCUGUUCCUGCGCAGGAGGAGAGACAUAUGCACAAGGCAACAAACACAGUGUUUCAUUGGGAGGGGAAUUUACAAGAACAGUGGCACAAGUGUGAAUUUUGAAACCAUGCUGAUGUUUUUUAAUGUACUGCUGAAGCUUCUUAGUCCGUACAGAAAGUCCUCCGUUUGCUACACAGCAGAUUUUAUUUAUCCGUAUAGCUGUCAGUAUUAAAGGAGAUAACGUGUUGGAGGAGGAAGCAACCAUUUUGAGUAAUACAUCACAUUGAAAUUCAUAUUGAUUUUGAACGCAGAGACAAAGAGAUUUCAUGGAGUGAAUAACAUUCACCAGGAGGGUAAAAGCGUCUCUCUUGUGUUUCCUCGUCUGAUCUGGGAUUCUCCGGGUAAUCUCCUCUAUUCCUGCAGAGCGACCAUCCUACUUACCACCCCAGAUGUGAGUCAAUCUGUUCUCCCUCUGCUGGCCUCCAUGUCAGGGGGAUUACUGAGAGCCCCCCACGAUCCGGGCUCUGCAACCCAGCGCUCACAUGGUCACAUUAAAGCUGCCCGGCAACAACACACAAGACAAGAGGCACUUUAAGCAAAAUGCAGCAUUACUAUCUGGUGAAUACACAUCGUACUGGACAACAACAGAGACAAGGCACUUUAAGCGUCUAAAAGUCUCAUUUAAGAGCCCGAAAAUGACACUAAAACGAUUUGGAUUGCAGCGUGAAUAGAUAAAUACACAUUAUUAAUUGUAAAAACGUACCGUACAACAACAGAGAUAGAAGACAGAGUCACUUUGAGCGUCUAAAAGUCUCUUAAAAAUGCAGAUUUAGCGCUAAUACUUUGAUUUGACCUGUUUAAGUCAAUCUUAUCUGUUUUGUGAAAAUUUGCUUUUUUUAAAAAACAGAUCAUCUUAAUGUAAAUUCAACCAACAGAAAGGGACACUUUGAAGCAAGCAGAUUGGAUCACAGCUGACACAUUGCAGCGUUAAUAUCUAAAUACACAUUAUUAAUGGAAAACUUACCGGACAACAACUCAGAGAGAAGACCGAGUCACUUUAAGUCUCAUUUAAGAGCCAGAAAGCAAAUCAACAAACAUAAAAUGCAACUAAAACAAUUUGGAUUGCAGCGUAAAUAUCUAAUACACAUUAAUAAUGAAAAUCUAACUUCACAACAACUCAGAGAGAAAACCGAGUCACUUUAAGCGCCAAAAAGUCUCUUAAAAAUGCAGAGUUAGCGCUAAUGCUUCGACCUGUUGAGCCAGUUUGACUCAUCCUUACUUUUAUUUCAGUUCAAGAAAGUUCAUCUUAUUUAUAUCGACACCUUUUUGUUUGUUUUACCAGAGCAUCCUAUUAAAGAGCCAGAAAGUGACACCAUUAAGAAAACACUCUGGAUUACAGCCUAAAUACCCAGUAAAUACACCGUAUCCAUGGAAACUAUACUGGGAUUCAAUAACAAUAAUUAAUAUCAAUGACAGUAUUAAAACAUGUGGGAAAUAAUUACGUAAAAUGGUUAUAGCUCCUCCAGAGAGCCUCCUCUCUCCUCUCUCCUCUCUCCUCUCCUCUCCUCUC